CUGAACCACAACCAACCGCAAAAAAGUAUAUCUACUUAGUUGAAAACGUUGGCCUGGAAGUAGUAUUGUCUUAGUGUCUACGUACGUCGCGAUGGAAGACAACGGUCUUCACUGUGAAACAGACGAUUCAGAUUGUGCGGAUAACGAUGAUGAACCCUUUGAUCUGGACGACUUCCUACCAGCAAUUGGAGAAUUCGGGAAAUAUCAGAAACUUUUGGUUUUUGGAAUAUGUCUACCAGCUUGUAUUCCUUGUGGAUUUUGUGCAUUCAAUCAACUUUUUAUGUCUGAUGCACCUGACGAUUAUUGGUGUAAGGUUCCCGAAUUGUUGGAUCUUCCUUUGGAGCAAAGAAAGUUCUUGGCUAUACCUCAGAUUGUGGAAGACGGAGUUAAAGAGUUCAGUAAAUGCACUCGCUACUCAGUCAAUUGGUAUGACAUACUCAAAGGUGCUAACAUAAGCAGUCUAGCUCCCAAUCCAUCUUGGUCAGUUGAAAAAUGUCUUGAAGGCUGGGAAUAUAAUUUGACAACAGUUCAAUCAUCUAUUGUUAUAGAUUUCGAUUUAGUAUGCGACCAAGACAUCUAUCCAACAAUUGGUUUGGCAGCCUUGAACACCGGUGGACCAGUUGGGGUUUAUUUAUUUGGUCUGCUAAAUGACAGAGCCGGCCGCAGACUAUCUUAUUUCACAUGUCUUGGCACAAUGCUUGUGGGCUCAUUGCUCACAUCGAUUAGCACAGAUUUCUGGAUGUGGGCAUUUAGUCGGGUUAUAGUUGGAUUAACUAUUCCAGCUGUGUAUCAAAUUCCAUUUAUUAUAUCCCUGGAGCUGGUGGGACCGAAUUAUAGAUCGUUUGUAACGGUCAUGACGUGCACCUUUUAUACCUGCGGCAUUAUGAUGUUAGCUGGUGUGACUUACAUGAUUCGGGAUUGGGUUAAAUUGUCAUAUUAUACUUCAAUGCCAUUUUUAGCGUAUUUCUUGUAUUUAUUUGUUAUGCCAGAAUCUCCAAGAUGGCUGCUAAUGCGUGGUCGUUUGGAGGAAGCUUUGACAAUUUUGAAAGAGAUGGCACGAGUGAAUGAGAAACAAUUCCCGCAGGCUUUUAAAACCAAGCUAGAAGCACGAAUAUUGCGUGAGAAGUUCAAGACAAAAAAGAAACAGAAAAAUGUUGGAGUUUUCGACCUUUGCAGAACCCCAAAUAUGCGAUUGAAAACGAUCCUUAUAACUUUGAGCUGGUUUGCCAAUGAAACAGUUUACUUGGGCCUCAGCUAUUACGGACCAUCGCUGGGAAGUAAUCAAUAUUUGAGCUUUUUACUUUCGGCUGUUGUGGAGAUUCCCAGCUAUUUGUGUUGUUGGGUUCUAAUGGACAAAUGGGGUCGUCGUUGGCCACUUAGCUUAUCGAUGUUUUUGGGUGGUGUUUUUUGUGUGAUUACAGUUUUGAUUCCUGACGAUGCUGUCACUGAAACUUUAGUACUCUUUCUAGUCUCAAAAGCAAUGUUAUCGGCUUCGUUUUUAAUUAUUUAUCCAUUUGCUGGGGAGUUAUAUCCGACUCAGGUGCGUGGUAUUGGUAUUGGAGCAUCAAGCUACAUUGGAGGUCUGGGAUUGAUUGUGAUUCCAUUCGUGACAUAUUUGGGCAAAGAAAACCUCAAAUUGCCAUUGGUGAUAAUGGGUUUUGUAUCAAUGUUGGGAGGACUAACGAGUUUGAGACUUCCUGAGACCUUGCAUAGUCGUCUUCCAAACACUCUAGAAGAAGGUGAAGAAUUCGGAAAAGAAUGGACAAUGCACGAUUGCUUGCAUUGUCUUCCAAUGAAAGGUCCUCCAUCUCAACAAGCAUCUUAUGAAAAUUUGGAUAUAACCUCGAACGCAUCGGAUGCUGCACUUAAUUUGAACGAUACCGCUAGUGGCAGUGAUUUGCCAGGUCGAUCAACUGAUAUUGGACUUUCGGAGCGCACACCUCUAGAUAUUAAUCGGCCAAGGAGGUCUUCAAUGAAACGAAUUGUUCGUCAAAUGAGUGUUAUGGAUACACAAAAAUCACAUGAUGGUAGUAUUCAAUUAACUUAUUGGUUCUGACUACUAAAUAAAAUAAAUGAAGAUAGUUUUUGAGAAGGUAAUAUAUUUAUUGCGAUCAGUGAUGAUUUUAUUAAAUACUCGUAGGUAAUAUUAUGAUGGUUAAAGUUCUGUGUCAGUAUUUUAUUUGUUUAAAUUAUAGGAAAACUUUAAGUUUAAAUAAAUUUUAGAAACAUGUAAUAAAUAUUAUUUUUUAAAACAAA